AACGUUUCCUGGUAGCACCUCUACAGGACCAGUGGGCAGCGUACAGGGUGGGGAAGUUGAAGAGGGCGAGAAAAGAAAAACCAAGAAAACUUGGCAAAGAUCUGAAGGAGUUGAGUUGAGGAACGUGGAAGUGGACAUCCAGAGGAAAAGUUCUGAAGAGCCAAAAUCAAAAAAAUCAAAAAAUCAAAAAGGUCCAAAAAGUUCUGAAGAGCCAAAAUCUAAAAAUCAAAAAGGUCCAAAAACUUGUGGGUUAGGUGUCCAGAAGAAAGACAGACACUCAGUGUGAAGCUGAAGAAGGAGAACGAUGUGUUAGAAGACGCGGAGGCCGCGGAGACGAAGGUGGAAGAAGACGCCGGUGAAGUGCAUGGCUCCUCUUUUUACCGACCUAUUGGCUCCUUCUUUUGCCUGGAUUGCCGGACUCCUGGGAAUAUCCGCAAUGGCUUUCUUCCUUGGUUGCGCCAGCUGCCGGCAACAUAAGCAGCGUGAAGGAGCUGACCGCCGCCCUCCUCCACCGACUCCUGAAACUGAACACAACCCUCGAUACCAAACAGAUCGGUAUCCGCCAACUCCCUCCCCAUCUGCUGCCUACAGCGUGCCAAGGAUAACAAGAAACGCUGACAACGAUUACGAAGACGACUUUGAAGAACUACCGAUUCAGAUUAUUAAAGAUCAACUGAACAAGAAUACUCAGAAUUCUGCACCAUCCCAGAAAGUCAGGAAGGCAGAAAGAGUGACAACCAUGAGAUCCAGCAUAAAACGCGAGGGGAAGGGGUCGCUCUCGGACAGCCGCUGUGCCUCGUAUGAGAACGUGGUGAAUGUAAAUGGGUCCCUUGUCUCUGCUCCGGUGAUGAGGAAAGACCACACAUACCUAGAAGUAUUUCCCAGUGAUACGGAGUUGGAGCUCAUCACAGCAGAUAAAGGGAUUGCAACCGCCAUGAGAUCCAGCGUGGAAAGCGAAGGGAAGGUGUCGAUUCUUUCACAGAGCUCCCUUCACUCCUAUGAGAACGUGGUCAAUGCCCACGGCUCCCCUUCCUCAGCGGCUUCAGACCUGGAGAGCGAUUAUGUAAACCUACAGCAAGAAUGAAGAGAUGACCCUUCCCGCCUGCUGACAAAAGGGGUGUGGCUUACAUUUGGGUGGAGCUUAUGGCGUUUUUUUGUUGUUGUUAUUUUACUACUUUUCAUUUCUAGAGCUUGGAGUGAAGAAAUGAAGAUGAGUGUUCUACUUUCUUGCUUACUUGCACCGUGAAAUAGACAAAGGACAGGGUCGGACUGACCACUGAGGCACUCAGGCACUGCCCGAGGGCCCCAUGCCACUAGGGGGCCCUGUCAGGGUUGCCAGGCUCAG